AUGGCGAUGAAUGGUGUGCCAUUAGAGCAGUGGAGGGAUUAUUUCCGGACAGCAAAUUCGAACAUAUUUGCUAUAAUCGAUCAUGCAAUAACGGUGGCAGCUUUGGAUUGUCCUAAAGAGUUCAGAUUACGCAGAGAUCAAAUUGCUGAGAAGCUCUUUACUUGUAAAUUCACUCGCUGCUCCGGUUGCGACCGUGUCGAGUUGGUGGUCCCAGAAUACGGAGACGAUGACGGCAGAGGCGGCCGAGCAAGGUUUAAAGGAGAAGCUGAUGAAGAAGAUGGAUGUGAGUUUUUCGAGGCAGGCGGUAGCAAAGAAAGCAAGGCUAAUAGUAGCAGGGAUGAUCCCUUGAUGAAUCAAAUUGCUAGUAAUUAUAGCUAUGGGGAGGCCGAGGCUUUGACUGACGAAAUUGAAGAAGAGUCUAUGAUGGUUGGGGAAGUCUACAGGAUCAAAGAGAUUCUUCACAAUAGUCAAGAUGAGUCUGAUUCUGUAUUGUUCGAUUCAUUGAGGCGACUUCAGUUAAUGGCUUUGACUGUGGAUAUUUUAAAGGCAACUGGGAUUGGAAAGGCUGUUAAUCGUAUCAGGAAGCAUUCAUCGAAGCAGAUUCGUCAUCUUGCACAAACUCUCAUCGAUGGUUGGAAGGAAUUGGUGGAUGAGUGGGUUAAUGCUGCAAAGGCUAUUGCUGAGGGUACUCCAGAAUCUGUGAAUCCAUCUGUUCUUCAUAAUGAAGAGGAAGAAGAAGAAGAAGAAGAAGAAGAAGAAGAAGAAGGGCUUCCAUCUCCUCCUUUAGAUGUAGGAGCUUUCUUUGCUACUCAACCAACAUCAAUGGAGCUCUCACAGUUUUUUGACGGCAUGGAUGAUGAUGGAAAUCCUCGCAACAGUGGAGAAUUCAUCAAGAACCAGAACAACAGAAGAAAAGCUUCACAGGAGAACCAAAAUGUUUCAAAAAGGAAGCAGCAGACUACAAGUGAAGCAAAUCUGCUCACCAAGGAUGAUGAGAGUCAACAAAUGAAGAGACAAGAACCUGUUGCCAACCCUAACAGCAAGCCCCAGAGAACAAAUAUGGGGUCUGGGAGACCUCCAAAACAUGAUAUGGAGCAAAAGGCCAACUUUGAAUCAAAGUUGCUGCAGAAAUCAGAUAAGAUGGCUGUUCCAAAGAAGCCUCUCAGCAGUCAAGUAGAUAAAUUCAAGACUUCAGAUGACAUUGCUGUCCAGCGAAAGCUUGAGGCCACAAAAAGGAAGCUUCAAGAGCGAUAUCAACAGGCUGAGAAUGCCAAGAGGAGGCGGACAAUACAGGUAAUGGAGUUGCAUGACCUUCCAAAGCAAGGGUCUGGCCACAAAAAUGCUUAUAUGAAACCUGGGAACCAUAAUCGGCAGUGGGUAAAUGGAAGGAGAUAGUGUCAUUUGGAAGAGUGGUGUGGAUAGCCUUCAAAUUUUCUUCCAUUUUGCAAAUUAGGUGGAAGAAUACUAAUAAUAAACUGGUGCAGAGUGACCGGAGCCACUUCAGCAAUCAAUAAUAAGAAUUCUUUCGAGCGAUGGUGGCGCUAUGAAGCUACAGAAGGGACAUUCUCAAAACAAACUUUUGAGUCUGUCUUACAUUUUGAAAAAUUUAAGGUAUAGGGACUUUUUCUUUUACUGAUUAGAUAGGAAGUCUAGGAUGGGUAAAUCACACAUUUGGAGACUGAAUUCUUGAAGCAAUACUCGAAUGUAUCUCUGUAUAGAAUCCUGAUUUUUAACGAACCCCUUUGAUUGACAUCUCAACAUUCUUUUUACUCAUAAUUAACACCUGAAUUUACUUCGAAUAACUGCUUUGUAGUGAAAUGAUACUGAUCAGUUCUAAGCUCUGUUGUUUUUCUUUA